AUGGCCUUUCUUUGGGUUGUCCUUGGCUUUCUCCUCUUUGGUAGCAGCUCCAGCUGCGGAGUCCUCGCCAUCCACCCCGAGCUGAGUGGCCUGUCCCGGAUCGUCAGUGGGGAGGACGCUGUCCCCAGCUCCUGGCCCUGGCAGGUGUCCUUGCAGACUGGCUCCUGCUUACACUUCUGCGGGGGCUCCCUCAUCAACCAGCACUGGGUGCUCACUGUCGCCCACUGCAGGGUCAGGAAGAGCCACCAUGUGGUGGCUGGGGUGUCUGAUCAUGGCUCUGAUGAGGAGGCUGUCCAGGCGCUGAGGAUCGCGGAGGGACCGCCAGGCGGGCAGGCUGCGGUUUUUGAACACCUGCUGUGGGACAGGAUUAUGGACAGCAACGACAUCGCCCUGCUGAAGCUGGCCACGCCGGCCGGCCCCGCUCUCCAGCACCGUGUCCCCCGUGUGCCUGCCCAGCGCCAGCACCAGCUUCCCCGCGGGCUCCGUCUGCGCCACCACGGGCCGCGGCAAGACCCAGUGCGGCUGCCGGACUCCUCCCCGGACUGGGGGCCGGCGGCCGUGCUCCGCUGGCCCCGGGGUCCGGGCUGGGAGUCCGACGGCCAGCUGUGGUUCGGGGCCCGGGUCGCCAACAAGACCCCCGACAAGCUGCAGCCGGCGGCCCUGCCCCUCCUGUCCAACGCCGAGGGCCAGAAGUUCCGGGGCAGCAAGACCACCGAUGUGAUGAUCUGCGCCGGCGCCAGCGGGGUCUCCCCCUGCAAGGGCGACUCUGGUGGCCCCCUGGUCUGCCAGAAAGACGGAGCCUGGACCCUGGUGGGCAUCGUGUCCUGGGGCAGUAGCUAG